AUACCGCAAACAGCGCGAGUUAUUGAUUCACUUUACUUUCUUCCCUAAACAUAUACGAUAUGUUAUUGAAUCGUUCCAAACACAUACGUUUCUUAUUAUUAAACGCUCUAGUCAUUGCACUGAGCUUAAUACUAAUCGAGUCCAAGAAGGAACAUGCGUGGAAAUGUAUGAAAGAGAAGUGUUGCUCUAUCGAUUUUAGUAAGAUGCUAAGGACGGUCGACUAUGUGCUUUACGUUUGUGGCGUAAAUACUGUAAAGGGCUUGCAUUUUAAACUAUAUCUCGACAGUGGUGGCCCAAUGGACUUCCUGGCCUAUGAGCCCUCAAAAGAGCUGGAUGACACUGCGUACUGUGGCAGUGUGUGUGAUAUUGCUGAUGUUUGUUUCAAGAGUCGAACAUUCAAAGUUACUGCUGAUAAUAACGGUACGGCUGAAUGGUGUUUUGAGGGUGGUGUUAUAGUGAUGAAUGAAACCAUCUUUCAUGAAGAAAAUAUAUGCAUUCUAUUUUAUAAUUCAACAUUGGAACUUCCAACAUAUCUAGCGGAGUAUAUGAGCGCCCAUAGACUUUGGUAGAAUGCGAUAAUUUAAUUACUGAGAGUUUUAUUAAUAAAAAUAUAUAUUAUUUAUAUAAUAAUAUCAAACAAAAUGGUCUCAAGAACAUUUAGAGUUGAAAAUUUGUUUGGAGAAUGUUGCCACCUGUUUGAUUUUUUUAAGAAAAAAAUUUGAUAAAGUGCAAAUAUUAAAUACUAGCCGACCGCUCCGGCUUCGCACGGGUUUAAACAAACA